CAUUAUGGCACUAAUACUAACAAUGAGAAAGAAGUAGUUCAAUAUAAGAAAAAGAAAAAAUUAAGUGAAGACAAUUUAUUAUAUAUCAAGUUUGUAAAAACAAUUAGUGAAAGUAAGAAAAUAUCAGCCAAGAGCAGAAAGAA